UCGUAAUGGGCGGCCGAUUAUUUCAGUGUGUGCGAAUGUAGGAGACAGAGUUUCAGCAUGAGGAGUGAGUAAAGAUGAAGACUGAGACUGAGUGAGUGGACUGUACUGAAGGGAAAUACUAAAGCAGACAGGGUUACUAGGGGUGACGACGCACAGGACAAGGAGACAGCGGAGAGAGUAAGUGACAGCUUCUGACUGCCCAAUGGAGAAAUAUGAAAAGCUGGCCAAAAUCGGUGAGGGCUCCUAUGGAGUGGUGUUCAAAUGCAGACACAGGGAUACUGGACAGAUAGUAGCCAUCAAGAAGUUUGUGGAAUCUGAAGAUGACCCGGUCAUCAAGAAGAUAGCAUUGAGAGAAAUACGCAUGCUGAAGCAGCUGAAACACGUGAAUCUGGUCAACCUGCUGGAGGUCUUCAGGAGGAAAAGACGGCUCCACUUGGUGUUUGAAUUCUGUGAGCAGACGGUCCUCAAUGAGCUGGACAAACACCCACGAGGGGUACCCGAGGCUCAGCUGAAAAGUAUAGUGUGGCAGACUCUGCAGGCUGUUAACUUCUGCCAUAAGCACAAUUGCAUCCACCGUGAUGUAAAGCCAGAGAACAUCCUCCUGACCAAAACCGGAGUCAUAAAGCUCUGCGACUUUGGCUUCGCCCGCAUUCUGACGGGACCAGAGGAUGACUACACGGACUACGUAGCGACCCGCUGGUACCGGGCCCCGGAACUGCUGGUUGGAGAUACUCAGUACGGGCCUCCUGUGGACGUGUGGGCUCUGGGCUGUGUCUUUGCUGAGCUGCUCCACGGGAAUCCACUCUGGCCCGGGAAGUCUGACGUCGACCAGCUCUACCUCAUCCGAAAAACUCUAGGUGACCUGAUCCCUCGUCACCAGCAGGUCUUCCGCUCUAACGUUUUCUUCAGUGGAGUCAGUAUUCCUGAGCCUGACACAACGGAACCCUUGGAAAAGCGCUUCCAUGGAGUGUCCCCUCACGCCCUGCAGGUUAUGAAGUCAUGCCUGGUGAUGGACCCGUCUCUCCGGCUGUCCUGCGAAGAGCUGCUGGAGCUGCACUAUUUCCAGGAAGAAGGAGGACCCAACUGGGUCCGCGAGGGUGAGCGCCCAGGAAGACGACACGACAAAGGCACCCGGCGCAGACAGGCAGGGGCGCAGUACCUGCCUCAGUUACCAAACAGCAAUAUCUCACCAGCACCAGAUGUCAAGAAGCAAGUGAAGCAUAAAUAUCACCUGCCCAACAUCUAACAAAGCAACAAACUGGUCUACAAGUUUGUGCCUGAACUGAAAGAACAUGGACGCUUCGUGCAAUUAUCUGAAUACAGUUUAAUUUGAAUAUACUUAUACACUGGGUGUGAAUGAGAAAGUAUUUUUAAUUCUGUGAUCACGUUCACUCGUCCACAGACAUCAUCAUUUUAUAUUCUUUACAUAACAAACAACAGUUAGGGGGCAGCUGCAGGUUAGGCAACACACUACGAUUACCAAAGAAUGCACACUCCAUGUGGUCAGUGCUGAACACUGUUUGCACCAAACACAAUGGGCGCUGCAUUUUAACACCUCUAUAAGAAUCAUAUAAAAUAUCUUCUUAGAAUCACCAGUGUGCCAUCAUCACUUGGACAUGAAUACCGGAGUUUUAUUGUUUUCUGCAGCAACUGAUUCCCACACAGGUUCAUACUGGCCAUCGAAUAUGUACAAUGUAAUACUGUAGGAUUAAUCUAUUCAACAAGCGAGUCAAUAAAACACCAUUUCAGUUGUA